GUGGAGGUUGGGGAUCUAAUUACCGGGCCAUAAUUGGGGGCUGGGGAAUAGGUUGCCGUCCUCUCAACUCGCUGCAGAUCAAUUAUGUUAAGAGAACAUCUGUAAGUAGAGCUUAAUGAGGUCCAUUAGAGCAACAUGCGCUGCCUUCCCUAACGCUGCUUGUCAGCUUCUUGGAUGAGCUGGAGUGUGCUGCUGACUGGGGACCUGCUGGAGGGGCUUAAAUAGAAGAGGAGGCUCCACUCCGCAGCGCUUUCCUCCGCCGGAGAACAUAACAGACACACCGGAGCACCACACGGACAGGAGAGGAGCGGACAGGGGAGGAGACAGGGACACAGAGACAGAGACAGAGGGACAGGAAGAGGAGAAGAGGAGGGACGCCUUUUGAAGCUGGAUCGGGACGCUUUCAUCGAUCACACAUCCUAAAACUUGAUCCCAACUGUUCUCCAACUCGCGCCGCAGAGUUUCCUCCCGCUCAGCUGGACUUUAGAGACUUUCCUUGAGGACAUUUCGCAUCCAGAAGAGGACACACUCGGCGGGGUUCUGAUCUGCGCACUUCUGGCUCUACUUCAAGGUAUACAAAUGCUGUCCGUCCAGCCGGACACCAAGCCUAAAGGCUGUGCCGGCUGUAACCGGAAGAUCAAGGACCGCUACCUGCUGAAGGCACUCGAUAAGUACUGGCACGAGGACUGUCUGAAGUGUGCCUGCUGUGACUGCAGACUGGGAGAGGUGGGCUCCACGCUGUACACCAAGGCCAACCUCAUCCUGUGCAGGAGGGACUACCUACGGUUGUUUGGAGUAACAGGAAACUGUGCGGCGUGCAGUAAACUCAUCCCGGCCUUUGAGAUGGUCAUGAGGGCCAAAGAGAACGUGUACCACCUGGACUGCUUCGCAUGUCAGCUGUGCAAUCAAAG